GCUCCCCACAGGAGUUUCCGCACCGGAAGUAGCAUAUGCUAACGUGCACAUAGUCAAUACUAUCUUUUAAAUCAGUGUACACGAAGAGUCUUUUGAGAUGUUGUUUCUAUUAAAAUUGGAAUACCAAGUCUUUCCCAGCACCUCAAAUACCUAAUCCAGUUUACCUGUGAUUUUUUUUCUUUCUUUAUUGUUUUGGUUUUCACCAGAGCUGUAGUUACUUUGUUAGCUCAAAGUUUUCUUUGAGUUCUCACUGUUUUCCUCCUGUCGUCCUCAAAUGUAUACCAGUGUCACAGCAUUUAUCAAAGGCAUUUGAAGGAGCAAUGUUUUGCCUACAGCCAAAAAGUGAGAAGCAUGUGAUUGACUUCUGUUCCAAAUAUACUUGUGUACCCCUAUGUGCCAUGGGCAGGUGUUGUGCUCAUUGAUUGGUUGAGAAGAGGGCAGUGUCCUUUCCCGCCCACCCUCUGUUUUUAGCUCAGCCGUUACACGCCACAUCAUGUGAACGCUUCGGAAGCUCUCUGCAGUUUGUCACUUUUUUUUAUCCCAGGAAAAUGACGUUUGUUUUCCUCUAGCAGCUUAUAAGGGCAAAUUCUUCCAUGCCUUACUUAUUUUAACAUUUUCCACUGAUACCAGAUGUACUUAUUUCCUUUUUAGUUUCAGCCCUGUUUAUUUUGGCAACCGCAUUUUGGUGUAAUCGCACAGAAUUGAAAUACCUAGGUGACCAGGUCACAACAACCUAGAAAGGCAACUCAGAAGUGUCAAGGUCAGACAGAGGACUUUCUGACUAGCGGUGGUGGUACCCUAACCUGACAUGGCAGAUGGUUUAUUACACAGAUCCAUCUGGAAUAUUGUCCUUGUAAAGUGUUUGGAGAAGCACUAGCACUCUCAAAAACACUUGGCACAUGAUUAGAUAAACCAUCUGCUUAUCACCAUCAACUGCAAACUAACUUCAGCUGGUCUGAUCAAGAGACUAGGGGUGGGGGGGUGGAGCGUCCUGCCAGAGAUGAAGAGCUAAACGCAUUCUGGGGAAGUUUGAAACCCAAGUAAGGAGUCAUAGCUUUACAGUUAAACAAUUCAUAACAUCUUCGCAUGGAAAAUGUGCACAUUUUAAUCACUCACAGGUUGCCACUUUCAAAAUAAGAAUAAAAAAGAAAUACCUGGCCUUCAUUUAGCUGCAGAUUGUGCAUACGUUUGGUCUAAACCUGCUUGUUUGGCUAUAAACUCAUAAAGUAAAGCCUGGAUUGUGGAUUGUCUUGUGAUCAUAAUCUCCAAAUCCAGUUUCUUCUCCAGAUAUUCAGUUCUCUACUGUUAAUGUGUCUGCUUACCAGUCAUAGAGUUCUUUUUCUUCUACAUUAAUUCCUAACACAAGCCAACACAAGUUUCCUUGAAUAAAUUGCUGUAAGAGGGUGAAGUAAUAUAAUCAGAUCAUAAUUUCCAUAGCCUUGCUGUGUUCUUGAAUUGACGAAAACCUGCCGGAGUCUGUUUGUUUAGCCCCUGAGGGAUUAUAUCUGGCAUCACAGCUGCUCCUGAGGCCAUGUGAUGUGUCACUGUUCUAUUUGUGAGCGAGACACCUGAAUGUUUUGUACACUAAGAGGCAUCUGUGUCAUAUGUCUCAGCGGUGCUUGUAAACGUCUCCCCCAACUCUGUUCUUCUGAAACUGAUUCUGGAUCUAAAGAGAGAAGUUGCAACUUGGAACUAAAAGCAGAGCAGCUGAGUUCAUCAGUAAAGGAAUCUAUUGACGAAAUUCUCCAAACUGUAAACCAAGAUGAUUCUGUCUUCACUGAAAGGCAUUGGGAAGAAACUUCUGAGAGUGAAGGUUGUGGACAGUAGCAUAGAGGAGUCCCGCUUGGCUCGAUGUCUUAACACGUUUGACCUUGUGGCCCUGGGCGUCGGCAGCACACUCGGUGCUGGCGUCUACGUGCUCGCUGGUGCCGUAGCCCGAGAAAAUUCAGGACCCGCCAUUGUCAUCUCCUUCCUCAUCGCUGCCAUGGCUUCAGUCUUGGCUGGUCUGUGCUACGCCGAGUUUGGAGCGCGUGUUCCCAAAACUGGCUCGGCUUACCUCUACAGCUAUGUUACGGUUGGAGAAGUAUGGGCAUUUAUCACCGGCUGGAACCUCAUUCUCGCUUAUGUCAUUGGAACUUCGAGCGUGGCCCGGGCAUGGAGCGCAACCUUUGAUGAGCUUAUUGGAAGGAAGAUUGAGCUGAUUUGCAGACAAUACAUGACCAUGAACGCCCCGGGAGUCUUGGCAGAAUAUCCAGACAUAUUUGCUGUCGUAAUCAUAAUCGUUCUGACAGGGCUGCUUGUAUUUGGUGUAAAAGAGUCAGCCAUGGUAAACAAAGUGUUUACCUGCAUCAAUGUACUGGUGCUGGUGUUUGUAGUCAUCUCUGGCUUAGUUAAAGGAAACAAAGAAAACUGGAACCUGAACCCUGAAAAGAUCCUUAAUGCCACCAGAAACUCUACUUCUAAUGUGUCCGAUUUCAUUCCAAAUGAGGAUGUUCUCGGUGCUGGUGGUUUCAUGCCCUUCGGUUGGACUGGAGUCCUUUCUGGUGCAGCAACCUGUUUUUAUGCCUUCAUAGGGUUUGACUGCAUUGCCACUACAGGAGAAGAAGUAAAGAAUCCACAGAGGGCCAUUCCUGUUGGCAUUGUGGCCUCUCUCCUCAUUUGCUUUGUGGCAUACUUUGGUGUAUCUGCAGCCCUCACUGUGAUGAUGCCUUACUACUUGCUGGACAAGAGCAGCCCUCUUCCUGUGGCUUUUAAGUAUGUGGGCUGGGAGGGAGCCACUUACGCAGUGGCCAUUGGCUCUUUAUGUGCACUGUCGACUAGUUUACUAGGCUCCAUGUUCCCAAUGCCCAGAGUGAUCUGGGCCAUGGCAGAAGAUGGCCUGCUCUUCAAAUGCUUGGCUAAAGUCAGCACACGAACCAAAACCCCUCUAAUAGCAACAAUAACAUCAGGUCUUGCGGCAGCGGUGAUGGCAUUCCUGUUUGACUUGAAGGACCUGGUUGACCUCAUGUCCAUUGGGACUUUGCUGGCCUACACUCUGGUGGCAGCUUGUGUGCUGGUCCUCAGGUACCAGCCUUUACAGCCCAGUGCAGCCUAUGAGAUGGCCAAUACUCAGGAUGAGUCUGAAAUUACAUAUAGGGAUGGGAGUGUUGAUAUUUUAUCGCAACCUGAUGAUCACUUUACUUUCAAAAAACUUAUUAACCCUCCGAACACUGAGCCGUCAUCUCUCUCUGGACUCAUUGUCAACAUCUGCACCAGUAUACUUGGUGUUUUGGUGUGUGUCUUCAGUGUUGUAGCUUCUCAGGGAGGGUAUGCACGCUGGUCUCUGACUGCCCUCUGUGUUAUAGUGGCUAUCUGCCUGGUUCUAAUCAUUAUUAUAUGGAGACAGCCACAGAGCAAAACCAACCUUGCCUUCAAAGUCCCAUUGGUGCCACUGGUGCCGAUCAUUAGCAUGUUUGUGAACGUGUACCUGAUGAUGCAGCUCGACAAAGGAACGUGGUUGCGUUUUGCCAUCUGGAUGACCAUAGGUUUUGCCAUCUACUUUGGCUAUGGUAUACGCAACAGUGCAGAGGAGGCGUUAGCCAAGUGUGACAAUUACGAAGAUAGCUGCAUAAUAAAGGAAGAGGCCAUGCAAACAGAGAAGGAAGCCUUCUUACACAAUACACAAAACUCUACCCGAGAAGAUGAAGAUGGUUUCUGAGGAGAUAGGAGGGUUUUUUUAAAAACGUUUAUUUAAAUAGUGGUACAGGAAAGAAGGUGCAAGUAUGUUUCACGGAGCGGUAAGGACAACAUAACAAACAAAACAGCCCUUACCUAUUGUGAAAACGCCAAUCAACUAACUAAAUUAGACAAAUGAAAAGUUACAAAUCUACAAUUCGCUAACAACUCAAAGAAAAACGGAGAAAAAAAUGUUCAAAUUGCAUUUGCAGCUGUCCUCUACAAGUUUUCUGUGUCGAGGUUGGCACAGAACAAUGUCACAAAGGACCUAUCAACACAAGAUUAUCAAUUAAAUUGAGCUAACAUAAAAUCUAACCUAAACAUAUAACGUAUUAUCAUGCAGUCAUGACAAUGAGCUUAAAAAUCCAAAAUGGCCAAAGACCUUGAGUCCCUGCAGACCAUGCAAGUGCUCAGUCGUCAGCCAACGACAAGAAAGAUGAAAACACGAGGAGCCAGUAAGAAGAAAGAGUCCAUAGACCAGGAGCUGGUACAGUAUAUCCUUUACCCCUUUUUUCCCAAAAAGAAUGUAACAUCUGUGCUGUGAAAUAGCUAUUAAGUUUUCUGAAAGACUAUCUGCAAUUUCAGGAGACACAUGGAGACAGCCAAUUGUACUACUAGCCAAAAAUGUUGACUACAUGAUGAUUGUAAAAAGCCUAAUAAGAUUUAAUGGCUAAUUAGCCAAGUAUUUUUAAUUGAAGCAGUAUGAAAUUAUGUGAAAAGAAGAUUAUAGUCAUAUUUUUUUAUUUUAUUUUAUUGUGCUUUGAAAUGGUCAGUUUUACAAAACAUAACGGAAUCCAUCGAUUCAAAAUGCUUAAAUAUUAACCAACCAUAAAUAGAUCUUCAUAAACUUCAUUUUGGGUUUUUAACAGUACAUUAGAAUGACCGCACAUCAGAUUUUCCAUGAAUGAUGUCACAUAUAAAGUUCAGAAUGUGUUACUGCUCACCUAGCCUCAAAGUGCUCGACAUUUGUAUAUGUUGACCGUGUACAAAAAAGACGAAACACCGUCUAAGAGACUUGGACGAGGGUGAGAAUUUUAAUGUACCAUCAGUGCCUUUUGUCAGAAAGUUGUUAGCUGAGAAAUCCCUUAGUUGUAAAUUUACCCUUAAGAUGCAGUUUUGGGGGUUUAACCAGUGUAUCUAUUACUGAAAACAAUACAAGUCACAGGUCUUUGGAUGUCUUGUACAUUGAAUGUAUAGCUCAUAUAAACUCAACAUGGUGCUAAAAGUAGCAUUCUCAGUGCAUCCAUGUGUUUGCAGGUCUUUCUGAUUGAUGGUACCAACUGCUAAUCUUACCAGAGUACCAAUGCUAUCUGUGGGAAUUUGUACUUUUUACUCAAAGAAAAAAAGCUGCUUAUUUUAAUCGAGUUUAUAUUUUAACCUUUUAAGACCCGAAUUCUUCCACAGCAUGCAUUUUUAAUUUAUCUUUGAUAUUUGGGCAUAUUGGGGCCCGAUGAAUGUAAAAACAAAGAAUUGCCAGAUUUUUAUUUUUAUUUUUUUACCAAAUUUUCAUUUCUAAGAAAAAUGAGAGCCACAAAUGAGGAUAUUUGUUUAAAAUUUCAAUAGAACAGUAGCAGUAUAAUGUCCUCGUAAGUGGAUAUCAGGCCCUUGUAGAGCAAAAUUGAGUAUUUUGGUCUAAAUAACCCAAAAUGUGAUGUCCAAAUAUGUGGACGCCAGGUCCUAGGAGGUUAAAGUGCCUAUUCCCCAAAUGAAUUUUUAAAGAUAGGAUAUUCCUCUAUCACGAUCUGCCUAUGUGUAAUACUUUAUAUAUAAAACAAAAUGUUUAAACGAAGAUUUAAAAAAAAAAUCAUAUAUUUAUAACUACAUGAAACCCAAGUGGAUCCUUUUGACUUUUUAAUUCACACAUGCCUGAAAUACAAUCAGUUUGUGAUUAUUGCACACCUGUAGUUUACAUGGUGAUAUAACACUUCUUUAGUUCACUUUUAUUUUGAAAUGCCAAAAUCUACACUGUAUGUUUAGAAACACAAAAAUGGUGUAGGUCAAGCAGUAGAGUGUAUGUAUGCGUGUGUGUGUGCAGAUCUUUGACGCAGCUAAAACUGAAGUACAGCAAAGUUUGUAUGUCAGCAAAGGUCUGGAAAUGCAACUACGUGAAAAAUCUCUUCACUCAGUCCGUUUUUAAACGCUAAUAUAUAUAUUCAGCAGUAAAUGGGUGAUGGCAAUAACACUGUGAGACAAUUUAUUUCAGCUUAUGGUCCUUUUGAGGGAAUCUAUUAAUGAAACCUGAAGCCAAAAUCCAUUGGAUUUAACUUGAUCAUGCGUCAGAAUAAUUUCUGUAGUUUUUUAAUAGUUCCUAUAGAUUAUUUUUGCUGGAGUGGUAUAACAAUUUUUAAACCCUUCCCUUGUAAAUAAAUGUUUGUGCUCCAGAAUGUAACCAGGCAUUGUUUACCUGGCUGUUUCUAAAUCAGUAAGAUAUAAGCACAUGUUAUUUUGAAACGAUGCAUUAAUUUUAAAAUGUAGAAAACAUUUUAACACUGCCUUUGUAAAUAAUUUUUUGAUGAUACUUGAGUUACUGACUGUAUGCAAUGUUUAUGGGAGUGCUGUACUUGCUGUGGUUACAUGUCAAAAGGUCACAUCAUGCUUCAUCCGUGCUUUGCAUGCUGCAUAAAUGCAUUUUAUAGUGUUGAUAUGUGAUAAUGUUCAGUGUACUGUGGGGGGGAAGGCACACUGUUCACUAUAUGUUGUUGUCAUAUUGGUUAUGGUUUGUAUAGUUCUCGAUGUAAAUAAAUAAUCCUGAAAGCUAAA